CGGCUCGGCUUCAAACAAACUACCGUGAGGCGAGAGCGGCCUGUGGGGCCCCGCCCCCUCGCCUGGGUCUGGGGGCCCCGCGAGACGGUGGGCGGGUGGGGGCGCCGAGAAUAGGGCGGGGCGCAGUGGUCGAGUGACGGCCGGCCUCACCUACUCAGGGAGCGGGCCGCGUAGCGGUGGACCCCGCAGCCGCUGGGCGGGGGCGAGGGCGAGGGGCGACCCGGCAGGCGGGGAGGGGGAGCCCGCGGCUGGGAGACGCGGAGGGGAGGAGGGGGCGGGCUCCCAAUCCGGUUCCAUCCGGUUCUCCCACCACCCCCGCCGCGUGUCCGAGCAGCUCGGGCGGCGGGAGGAGCGGCUGUGGUUAGGCUACUCAGCUUCGCGAAGGCUCUCGGCGCGCCGCGGCCUUCAGGCACACGGCUCUCGCCCGCCCCGUCGCCACGAUGCCCAAGAGGAAGGUCAUCUCCGCGGAGGGGUCAGUAAAGGAGGAGGUAAGACUCCAUCCCGCUCCGUUCUCCGGGGGUGGUCUCGGUUUGCUCCAUACCACGCAUUCCUUGCUCAUUUUAUAUACUUCCAAAGCUCAAGAGGAGAUUGGCAAAGCUAUCAGCUACUAUGGAAAUGAUGUUAGAGAAAAAGCAAAUUCGAGCGAUUUUCUUAUUUGAGUUCAAAAUGGGUCAUAAAGCAGCAGAGACAACUCGCAACAUCAACAAUGCAUUUGGCCCAGGAACUGCUAAGGAACGUACGGUGCAGUGGUGGUUUAAGAAGUUUCGCAAAGGAGAUGAGAGCCUUGAAGACGACGAGCGUAGUGCACGGCCAUCAGAAGUUGACAACGACCAAUUAAGAGAAAUCAUCGAUGCCGAUCCUCUUAAAACUACACGAAAAAUUGCCGAAGAACUCAAGGUCAACCAUUCUACGGUCGUUCGGCAUUUGAAGCAAAUUGGAAAGGUGAAAAAGCUCAAUAAGUGGGUACCUCAUGAGCUGACUGAAAUUCAAAAAAAUCGUCGUUUUGAAGUGUCAUCUUCUCUUAUUCUACGCAACAACAAUGAACCAUUUCUCGAUCGAAUUGUGACAUGCCACGAAAAGUGGAUUUUAUCUGAUAACCGGCAACCACCAGCUCAGAGAUUGGAUCGAGGGAAAACACUGAACUUGUACCAAAAAAAGAUCAUGGUCACUGUUUGGUGGUCUGCUGCCGGCCUUAUCCACUAUAGCUUUCUGAAUCCUGGCGAAACCAUUACAUCUGAGAAGUAUGCUCAACAAAUCAUUGAGAUGCACCAAAAACUACAACACCUACAGCCAGCAUUGGUCAACAAAAAGGGCCCAGUUCUUCUCCACGACAACACUCGACCACAUGUCGCACAACCAGCCCUUCAGAAGUUUAAUGAAUUGGGCUACGAAGUUUUGCCUCAUCCACCAUAUUCACCUGACCUCUUACCAACAGACUACCACUUCUUCAAGCAUCUCGACAACUUUUUGCAGGGUAAACACUUCCACAACCAGCAGGAUGCAGAAAAUGCUUUCCAAGAAUUUGUUGAAUCCCGAAGCACAGGUUUUUACGCUACAGGAAUAAACGAACUUAUUUCUCGUUGGCAAAAAUGUGUUGAUUGUAAUGGUUCCUAUUUUGACUAAUAAAGAUGUGUUUGAGCCUAGUUAUAAUAAUUUAAAAUUCAUGGUCCAAAACUGCAAUUACUUUUGCACCAAAUAAACAAUUUGUUGUUUAUAAGUCA